AUGACUUUUCACUCGGUCCCUACCGGCUCCAGCUCACGGUCUCUAGAGCAGCCUCCACCGAUGCCCGGCCGCGUCUACCCUCCCGCCCCAGUGACCGCCGUCGGCUACGGCGCGCGGGGCCACAAGGACUCCAUCCCCGCAUACACCGCUGAGGUGCCGAACCUGGUCUACGCCCCCAACGUGGGCGGGGCGUCUUACGACAAGGAGCCGGCGCUGGCGGACGUGCGCGCCGUGCUCCGCACCCCCAGCCCGACGCCGAGCGAGGUGCAGGUCCUCGCGUCGAAGACGAAGCUCCUGGGCGACUGGCGGCGCUUCCUCAACUGGCGGCGAUAUGCGAACGCCCGCUCGAUGAUGAUCAUCGCCGGGCUGAUCGCUUUCCACAUAAUCAUCAUCCUCGCCGUGGUGUUCAAGAAGGAUAUCAUCAAGUUCCUGCAGCCCAUGGCAGACUGGCUGAACCGCACGACAGGCGCUUGGGCGAUCCCCAUCGCGGUCAUAUUCCUGCUCUCCUUCCCGCCGCUGGCCGGACAAGAGGUGGUCGCGAUCUGGUGCGGAAACGUCUGGGGCGUGUGGGUCGGGUUUGGGAUCGUCGCCGCGGGGACGAUCGUCGGCGAGCUUGCCGCGUUCUACGCCGUCAAGACGUUCUGCCUCGCGCGCGGGAAGCAGCAGGAGGAGAAGAAGCUGAAGUGGGCGCUGCGCGCGCAGGUCGUGCGCGAGGGCGGGUUCGUCCUGCCCACCAUGCUGCGGCUCACCUUCCUCCCCGGCCACUUUCUCACCGCGUUCUUCUCCGCGUGCGGGAUGUCGGUGUGGACGUUCCUCGUUGCCAUGACGCUCUCGCUGCCGAAGCAGCUCGGGUUCGUGUACCUCGGUGUCGGGCUGGAUAAGGACGAGGAAAAGGCGAUUACGCGGGGCAUCAAGGCGGGCGUGACGCUCGCGCUGCUCGUGAUGACCUUCAUCACCAUGCGCUACGUGAACAAGAAGGUCGACGAGGUCAAGGACGAGGUCAUCUACGCGCGGCGCAAGGCGAGACAAGCUGGCGUUCUCCGCGGGGGUGCGCGGGACGAGGAGCUCGCGUUCCGCCCGGCCGGCUCGCAGGAGCCCCUCGCACCUGGGUCAUCUUCGACGGGCGCGGGCGCCGCCAUCUACAUGCCCGCGCCCCAGCGGCCGAGGGAGGCGGGGAAGCUAGUCGGGGGCCAUAAGAAGCGCGCGAGCGACGCGGGCAGCAGGGGCAGGAGCAUCGGCAUCGGUGCGGGCAACGAGAUGGAGCUCGGCGACAGGCGCGAGUUCAGGUCUUGAGGGCGCGCAGGUGUAGGGACGACGCGCCGGGCGCGCCGCUGGGUGUGUGGAUAGGUCGACGACGGAUGGACGUUUACGGUGUGAAUGACUCUUGACGAACGCUGUAAUAUUAUCGGAAGUCUGCUCUCGGUUUAUCGGAUUCAGCUGUUAA